GAUCAAUCUCGAUUCUAUGAAGACGAAGCGAAAGUAAAGAAGAAAUGUAGUGGGGUAGAAGGUAUAGACUAUGACGAGUCGUUAAGGAGCUGCAGUGUUUCGCGAAGGAGACACAAUUCGAAAGAAGAUCAAAAUAUAUCGUUUAUUUCUCAGUGAUCAGUGUUUGGAAUAAUCGUCGAUUUGAUAAAUCGCGCGAAUCACUUUUAUCAAAUUAUAGAAAAAGAAGAAGAUAAAUAUGAUUAACGUAUAUUUUGUAACGAUAUUGGCUGUGGUUGCUGUAACACAUGGUGCGUUCAAUUGCCCGAGUAAAGAUGGCCAGUACGAAGAUUCGAAACAGUGCGACAAAUAUUACGAAUGCAUCGAUGGCAUCGCCACGGAGAAACUUUGUCCAGAUGGACUCGUUUUCGAUCCCUUGAAUCGAAAAGUAAACAAAUGCGAUCACGUAUUCAACGUUGAUUGUGGAGAUCGUCUUGAAUUGCAACCACCUCAACCGACCAAGAAAUGUCCUCGAAGGAACGGUUUUUUCGCUCAUCCAGAUGCAUCCGUUUGUAAUAUUUUUUAUAAUUGCAUCGAUGGCGAAGCUAUCGAAAUUACAUGUACCACUGGAUUACAUUUCGACGAGUAUAGCGGAACAUGCGUUUGGCCCGACAGCGCUGGUCGAGAAGGAUGCGGAGUAGUAGACAAAAAGUUGAAAGACGGGUUCGAAUGUCCAAGAGAAAGUCAAGUGGACACAAGAGGAAUGGUCGUUGAUCAUCCGAAAUUCGCUCAUCCGGAUGACUGUCAGAAGUUUUAUGUCUGUUUGAACGGAGUAACACCACGAGAACAAGGUUGUAGCGAUGGGACCGUUUAUAACGAGGAACAGCAAAGAUGCGAUGCACCGGAAAAUGUUCCCGGCUGCGAGGAUUGGUACAAAGACGACGAUAAGAAACCAUAAAAAAUGUAUCAUAUUUAUAUGUCCCGCAUCGGGAUCUCUGCAUCGUUUUAAAAUCAUAUCAUCUUCGUUCAACGUAUAAUCACGAAUGUUAGGACAAUCGACAUUGUUCAUAAAUAAAAAAUUUUAUUUUAUCUUA